CUUUUGCUUCCGGUAAACCAUGCCAUUUCAAAGGUUCGUAGAAUCUGGUCGUAUUGCUUAUGUGAGCGAUGGGCCGCACAAAGGUAAACUUGUUGCUAUUGUAGACAUCAUCGAUCAAAAUCGGGUUUUAGUUGAUGGACCUUCUUCAAAUGUUCCACGUUGUGAAAUGAGAUUAAAUGAUCUUCAUUUAACUAAAUUCCGUAUACGUUUUCCAUAUACUGGAUCCACUCGUGUUGUACGUAAAGCAUGGGAAGCUGCAAACAUUAAUGACCUUUGGAAACAAACUAUGUGGGCAAGAAAAGUUGAAGCCAAGAAAAAACGGCUGGAACUUAGUGAUUUUGAUCGUUUUAAAUUAAGAAAAGCAAGACAAAUUAGAAACAAAUUGAGGACAGAUGCAUUUUACAGAUUAAAAAAGAAAGCUAAAAAAACAAAGACUACAGGUACAAGUAAAAAAGUUGAAAAGAAGUGAUUUUUUAUUCUAUGAAAUAAAUAUAAAAUUAUCUUACAA